GUAGAUGAGUGAAGAGAAUAGAGACAAUUGAAGAGGACUACAGUCUACAGAGAAUACUCGAUGAGAGAGGACGGGGGAGAGGAUUACCAUGUGCGGCGGCGAUUCAAACAAAGCCCACUUUUACCAGGGGGCUAUGGCCAAUCCUUCAAGUUCACUGUAACCCAUUAACUAUAUAUCACUUUCUCUCUCGCCCGGCGCCGGACUUGUAAUCAUCGUCCUUCAUACUCUCUCGCAUCUUAAAAUGCCGACCGAGCCUAUUUGCUUCACUGCGACUCCCUCCCAUGAACAAGAACAAUCCCAGUGUCGUCUACCUUCAACGGGCUUCAAUUUCGACGAUACUUUCUUACCCGGUGGAUUGUUCCUCCAAAACAAUGUGAAUUCUUCUUUAUUAACUAAUCUACACUCGUCCAGAAACAAUUCUUCAAAACCCACGCAUUCCUCUGUUCCGUGCUGCAAAGCUGACAGUUUUGGACUUCUACGGCGACAUAGACCCACUCCGGCUGUGGCCGGAGCUGAUUUUUUGUCUGUAAGUUUGUCAGCCAAGAGCGGCGAUGGGAUUCUUCUUAAUCCUGCCACGAAUUUUACUCAAAAUGCUGGUAAGCUUUCAGCCGAUUCAAGGAGGAGUAAGGUUAGAUUACGUGCACACGGCGCAAUGAACACAACGAAACACCUGUGGGCCGGAGCUGUUGCUGCCAUGGUGUCUAGAACUUGUGUUGCACCACUGGAGAGAUUAAAGCUGGAAUACAUAGUUCGUGGUGAAAAGAAAAAUCUAUUUGAGCUGGUUAGAACAAUUGCAGUUUCUCAAGGACUUAAAGGGUUUUGGAAAGGAAACUUUGUGAAUGUCCUACGCACAGCCCCAUUUAAGGCAGUCAAUUUUUAUGCUUAUGAUACUUACAGGAAGCAACUUCUUAAACUUUCUGGCAAUGAACAAGUUACAAAUCUCGAAAGGUUUGUUGCUGGUGCAGCUGCGGGCAUUACAGCCACAAUGAUCUGUAUACCACUAGACACUAUCCGAACGAAGAUGGUGGCCCCUGGUGGGGAAGCUUUAGGGGGUGUAGUUGGAGCUUUUCGUCAUGUGAUUCGAACUGAAGGGUUCAUAUCACUUUACAAGGGCUUACUACCGUCUAUUCUUAGUGUGGCUCCAUCAGGUGCGGUUUUCUAUGGUGUGUAUGAUAUUCUGAAAUCAGCUUAUCUGCGUUCACCUGAAGGAAAAGAAAGAAUUGAGAAGAUGAAACAACAGGGUCAGGAUUUGAAUGCUCUUGCCCAGCUUGAAUUGGGACCAGUUAGGACCUUAUUGCAUGGUGCGAUAUCUGGUGCCUGUGCAGAAGCUUCAACUUAUCCGUUUGAAGUUAUCAGGAGACGGCUCCAGCUGCAAGGAAAAGGCAGUCAAUUGAAUACUUUUGGGAUUUUUGUUAAGAUUAUUGAGAAUGGAGGAUUCCCCGCUUUGUAUACCGGUUUAGUUCCUAGUUUAUUGCAGGUGUUACCUUCAGCUGCCAUAAGCUAUUUUGUGUAUGAAUUCAUGAAGAUUGUACUCAAAGUCGAAUGAACUAGAUCAAUAACCACGUUUAUUGUUACUUCCAUGGUAAGCUUGUUUAAAAUCCUCGUUUAUUUCAUCAUUGUGACGUACUUUCAGUUCCCAGUGUUCAUUUCUCUUAAAUGCUGUUAAGAAGGACCUGGCUGAACAACAUUAAUGUUUUUAAUCUAUAGUUUCAUUAUGAACAACA